AUGGAAGAAAAGUUAAAUGAAAUGGAACAAGCUGGUAUCAUCACAAGGACAUCAACGCCUUACAGUAGUCCAUUGACAUUCACUCUUAAAAAAGACGGCUCAAUUAGAGUUCUGCUUGAUGCCAGAAGCAUAAAUAAGAAAAUGGUUGCAGAAACAGAGAAACCACCUAUACAAUUAGAUAUUUUGAAUUCAUUUCACGGAGCGAAUUAUAUCACUACCAUUGACUUAAAUAAUGCAUAUUUUCAAAUUCCGAUAAAUAAAGAUGGUAGAAAAUAUACUGGAUUCACAUUCAAUGGAAAGUCAUAUGUAUAUAAUGUUUUGCCGCAAGGAUUAAAAACAUCAGUAGGAAGCUUUAGCAGAGCCAUGAAUUUAAUAUUAGGACCAGAAGUCCAAGAAUUUUGUGUGAACUAUUUAGAUGAUCUAGCCAUUAUUACAACAGGAACGUUAGAUAAACAUUUGGAGCACAUUGAUAUUGUUUUAAGUAAAUUGAACAAAGCUGGCUUAACGUGUAACUUGCAGAAAUGUGAAUUUAUUUGUAAAGAAAUUAAAAUGCUGGGUUUUAUAAUUUCAACAGAAGGCAUAAAGACAGAUCCCGAUAAAAUUCGAGCGAUCCAAGAGUUUCCAGCACCUAAAAAGAUUAAACAAUUAAGGGCCUUUUUAGGUCUAUGCAAUUUUUAUAGAAGGUUUAUACCAAAUUACAGCGAGAGCAUAAUACCGCUCUGUGAAUUACUUAAAAAGGGACGAAAGUUCCAAUGGAGCGGUAAAGAACAGAAGGCAUUUGAUUUUAUAAAACAACAAUUUAUUAAUACAAUACAAUUGCAUCAUCCAGACUUUAAUAAGCCGUAUUAUUUACAAACAGAUUGUUCCGGUGUGGGUAUGGCCGGAGUACUAUAUCAGAUAGAUGAUAAUAAUGAAAUGAGAAUUUUAGGCUAUCAUAGUAAAGCCUUAAAAGGCCCCGAAUUAAAUUGGUCUGUUACUGAACAAGAGUUUUAUGCUGUAAUAAGCUGCCUAAAGAAAUUUGAAACAUAUUUGAGGGGCAGUAAAGUAAUAAUACUAACUGAUCAUAAAGCAUUAUUGUUUAUUAAUAAUAUGAAGUUAUUCAAUGGUAGAGUAACCCGAUGGAUUUUGUAUAUAGAACAAUUUAAUUAUGAAGUACAGCAUAUAUCGGGUAGACGUAAUAUUGUUGCAGAUGUGCUAUCACGUUAUCCUCCUGAUGGCGAUUUAAUACAAGAGGAUAAAAAUAAUAGUUUAGAAAUUGCUUACACAGAGAGCGAACCGAAUAUUGAGUUGAUAGAAAAAUUAAAAUCCUUACCAGUAUAUCAAUUACAAGAUUCAGAGUCGUUGGCUAUUAUUAAAAAGUUAAAGACAUUAAAUACUUCCAUAAUAAAACAAAACAAUAAAUUUAAAAGGUAUAGUUUGAAAAAUGAUGUAUUAUAA